AUGACUAAGGUUCUGGAAUACGAGCCCUUCAUUGAUGAAACAAUAACGAAGUUUGUGGACAAGCUAGCGCUGAGAUUCGUCGAUGGUGAUAACGCAGGAAAGGUUUGCCCGGCAGAUGAAUGGAUUGGCUUCUUCGCCUGGGAUGUCACCGCUAACUACAGCUUUGGUCAGCACUAUGGAUUCAUUGACCAGGAGAAGGAUGUUUCUCAAAUUCCAUGGAUUGACAACAUCCUUGACAAGAAUCCCAUCAAGCGGAUCGGGCCCAAGCACACCUUGACAGGUGUCCUGUACACCUUUAAGGUCGUUGCCGAGUAUCAAGCCCAGUUCGCUGAGAACAAAAUGUCCGCCGGUACUGUCGACCACACGCUCGACAAAUACGUGCAACUGAAAGAAACAUACCCUGACAUGGUAGACGACAACCAGAUCGUCAAGUGGCUAAUGCUGAGUAUUCUUGCUGGAGGCGAUACGAGCUCAGCUACCAUUCGUGCUGCCGUUUACUACCUAGCCAAGUCACCUACUGCAAUGAUCAAACUCGCCGCCGAACUCAAAGCUGCCGGUAUCUCUACUCCUGCUCCCUGGAAGGAGAUCCGCGACUUGCAGUACUUGGAUGCCGUCAUUCGUGAAGCUCUACGCGUCAACCCUGGUGUUGCCAUGAUCUUGGAGCGCAUCGUUCCAGAGGGCGGAUUCACGCUUCCCGAUGGACGAUAUCUCCCUGCAGGCACCAAGGCCGGAAUCAACCCAUUUGUCACAAAUCGUGAUUUCGGAGUGUUCGGAGACGAUGCCGAUGACUUCAAUCCGGACCGCUGGCUGCAGGACAAGGAUGAAAGCCCGGAAAAUUUCGAGGUUCGCCUGCGUCGGAUGAAAGACACUGUCGACUUAUCUUUCGGUGGCGGAGGCCGAGUUUGCAUGGGCCGGUAUCUCGCUAUAUUAGAGAUAAAAAAGCUGAUUGCGUCGCUGUACAGCUCGUUCGAUGUGAGUGAUUCAACUGUGGACCCCAAUCAUGAAUGGACGUACCAAAAUGCCUGGUUCGUGUAUCAGUACGAUAUGCCCAUGGUCAUCCGGCGCCGAUGA